CUGCGUGAACCCGUGUACAAGGCGUGGACCGCCGUGUUCGACUGCAAGCUGGACGAGAUGAAGUAUCCACUGCAAGACUACGCCAACCUGGGCGAGUUCUUCUCGCGCCCGCUGAAGGAGGGCAUGCGUCCAUUCGUCACGCUCCCGGGCCACCUGGCCAGCCCGGUGGAUGGCACCGUGACGUCCAUUGGCGUCGUGAACGACUCGAGUGACGUGCCGACGCUGGAGCAGAUCAAGGGCGUGCGCUACCGACUGGACGAGUUCCUGGGCGGCCUGCCUUCGUUCUUCACCAAGAAGACGGCAGCUUCCAAGGGAAAGAAGAUGUUCCACUGCGUAUUGUACCUCGCGCCUGGAGACUACCAUCGCAUCCACGCGCCGGUUGACUGGAAGGUCGAGGAGCGCCGUCACUUCCCCGGAAACCUCUUCCCCGUGAACCAGACAGCGGCGCACUUGAUCCCGAGCCUGUUUGUGGAGAAUGAGCGCGUGGCGCUGCUCGGUGAAUGGGAACACGGCUUCUUUUCGCUGACUGCGGUGGGCGCCACCAACGUAGGCUCUAUUGUUCUUACGAAGGAGCCUGAGUUCCGCACGAACACGGUAGCUCAGGACCCGCUUGUGGGACGGUGCAUUUCUAAGAACUAUGGCGGAAAGGUGGACACAACUCACGGGGAGGAAAUGGCUCAGUUUAAGCUUGGCUCUACGGUUGUGCUGGUCUUUGAAGCCCCAGAGUCGUUCCAGUUCACUAUCAAGCCGGGUGAUAAGGUGGGUUGCUCAGCCUUUAUAUAUUUUCUUCCGGUUCUUCUUUCUGAUAGGCGCUGA